AUGUCAAAUAUUACAGGUGAUGUUGAAGAAGGAAGCUUCUCCUCAGGGAAUAAUACUGGAGAAUUAGAAGUUCAUCAAGACCAGCAACAAAACCACUUGCACGGUUCCAACUCUGGCGGUGCUUCCGGUGCGCAAAGCAACAGUAAUGGCUCUGUCACUCAUCAGCAGCCGCAGCAGCCACCUCUUAAGAAGAAAAGAAAUCUUCCAGGAACUCCAGAUCCGAGUGCGGAAGUUAUUGCACUAUCACCAACAACCCUAAUGGCAACGAACCGAUUUGUAUGUGAAAUCUGUAACAAAGGGUUUCAAAGGGAUCAAAACCUUCAGCUGCACCGGCGAGGCCAUAACCUUCCAUGGAAGCUCCGUCAGAGAACCACAACUGAGGUUAGGAAAAGGGUCUACAUAUGUCCCGAGCCGACGUGUGUCCACCACAACCCAGCUCGAGCGCUAGGAGACCUCACCGGCAUUAAGAAGCACUUCAGCCGGAAACAUGGAGAGAAAAAAUGGAAAUGUGACAAGUGCUCCAAGAAAUAUGCAGUGCAGUCGGACUGGAAGGCGCAUCAGAAGACCUGCGGCACUAGGGAGUACAAGUGUGACUGUGGGACCAUCUUUUCCAGGAGGGAUAGCUUUAUCACCCACAGAGCCUUUUGUGACGCAUUGGCAGAAGAAAACAACAAAGUAAACCAAAUGCCUAUGCCACAUGAUCAGCUCAUAUCAUCAAUGGCCAUGAACACCAACACCUCCCCCAUGGGAGGAAGAGUCUCCGAAUUCCUCAGUUACGAUAUUAACACUAACAAAAACAAGCUUCCUGAAGAUCUUGUCCCAAUGCCAUUCAAGAACAUGAACAUCCCAGGUGGUGGCGGCGGUGGUGGAGGACCAGGCAUGUUCUCUAACACCACCGGUUCGCUCUUUGGCGGGCCAAGAAGCGUGUCUUCCACCUCGGCCUCCAGCCUUCAGCUGAGUUCCAACAACAACAACAGCUCAUCAGGGUUCAAUUACCUUCACCACCAAGAAACCAAAAACGGAGGCAGCAGCCUAAGCAGUAUUACCGGGGCAGCUCAAAUGUCAGCCACCGCCUUGCUUCAAAAAGCCGCCAAAAUGGGAGCCACUGCAAGCAACUCCACGAUCAACUCGCCGAUGAUGCAGAAGAGCUUUGUUAGCAGUAUGGCAGGCCCUGAUCACGGCCACCUCUCUAGCCCUAAUUCCAUUCUAAACAAUAAUAUUCGACCCCCACCGUCGUAUGAUCAUCAGCCUCACCACUUCCAACAGCAACCUCAGCCGUCUGAUCCUCAGUCACAUAAUUCACACAACAUGAUCGGAGGGUUCACUGACCAACUCAUUCAAAAGUACCCACAAGAAAUGUCACAGCCUUUUGAUCAUCACUCCAACAACCCAACCGCCAGCUCGGCAAUGAAUGACAUGGGACUCUUCAGUCAAGUCUUCAUGGGGAUCGGCGGCGGGGGUCCCCACCAGAACUAUCAGAACCACCAGGCAAUGUUGAAGAAUUUCGAACAAGAUCAUCAUGAUCAUCAGGACAUUAAUAGCCCUAACAACAAUUCUAGUAAUACUAAUUCGACUCAUCGAAUGAACAGCGCGCUGGGGCCUUGCGCAACGCUCGAUCUGCUGGGCAUCGGAGGGUCGAGACCGCCAAGCUUGCAUGAGCAGCUCCACCACCACCAGCAAAGGUUGGACUUGGAGGCAAUGAGUCAGCACAGAUUGCCGGCAAUGAUGAACCCUUUUCAGCAGCAGCAACAGCAACGCUCGCACGGAGAUUCGGCUAUGGAAAAGCAGAUUUGGGAUGUUUGA